GCAGAUGAGAGCUGAAGAGGCAAAAGUUGUUCAAGAAAAAGCUGCAAAGAUCAAAGAAUGGGUAACGCUGAAAUUAACAGAAGUGAGUUACAAGCAGGUCUGGGAACACCUGGGAGGAACCUGUGUGGGGUUGCUCUGGUCCCCCUGUGUUUUUCUGCUUCCAUCUGUAUUCGGGGUCUUGCCUGCCUUUCAUGUUGUUAACCAUUUGUCCCUCCCUCAGCUUAGAUGCAAAGACACUUCACUUUCCCCUUCCUGUUGUCAAGGUUGGGUUUCCCUGGAGCUCCUGGUUAGCUCUGUGACUGGGGAGAAGGAAGGAUUUUCCCUUCUGAGAAGUCCCAUCAGUUUCCCUCUGAGAAGCACACAUGGUCCUUACCAUCCACCCUCUGUCCUCACCAUUCUUUUUAACUGUCUUUUUUUUUUUAUGGUCAGAUAUACAAAGUGUACCAUUUGAGGUAUCUUUAAAGUGUACAAUGCAGUGGAAUUAAGUACAUUCACAGUGAUGUGUACGCAUCACCAUCAUUUCCAAAAUUCUUCAUCACCCCAGACAGAAACUGUACCAUUAAUCACUAACUCCCCAUUGUCUCUGUUCUACUUCCACCAUCUCUUUUCUCUGUCCACCUCUGUCCCUCUCUUUUCAUAGUUUCAUUACUUGCUACAGCUUUGUUUAGGGAACUCAGGACUAGAAGCUAUAGCACUGUGAAAAAAAAAGAAAAGCUCUAAACAAAAGGAAAGGGAAUUAAAGUUUGGAGAGGAGUGAACACUCAUCUUGGCUUCCUCUUUCCCGACACAAGUGACCCACUUGUGGGAGGUAACUGCUCAUUUUGCCUCCUGUCCCAUCUGUGGGUACACAUCUCGGGUCACCUGCUAGACUACUAGUCCUUGGGGACAGAACUGAUGCCUGUUACUCCAUCUUCCACAGCUCCGAUCUCUUGCUAAAAGAAGCUCAGUAAAAGUGUGUUGGCUUUCAUUUCCAAGAAAAUGCAGCCCUUCUGAGGCUGGAUCUCAUGGGAUGGUGUGUUGAGCAAAAGAAGCCAGACAGAAGUUCACCGUGAAGAGUUCUAUUUACAUAAAUUUCUAAUGGCUUGAGAUGGAGAAUCAGCACCUGAAAAGCUGUAAUCAGCACCUGGUGGAGCAGGUGGGAGCCCUUCAACAUGCACUGAAAGCUCUGCAGAUGGCACCUUCAGGGAAGCUGCUGGCGGCCCCCCAGGGAACCACAGAGCGGGAAUCUGUCCCUUCGGGACCAGGGGCCCAGCCAGCGGGGCAGGACAGUGGUCCUCCGGCCCAGGGUGCCCUGAACGCAGCUAUCCCCGCACCUUCUCCGGGUGUCCUGCAGAGCAAAAACUCUGUUCCUAAAGCAGGAAGCCCCAUGGAGGAUUCUAGUUCCCAGACAGUCCACCCUGGAGCAACAUCAGAGGCCAAGACCCUUCCACAUCGUCUGGGAAGACAGGGCUGUCCUGGCCAGCUGUGCCUGAGGCCUCGCACCCCCAGGCAUGGUCUGGCCUCCUGGGGUGAGGGCCUGGUCACUGCUCAGGGAGGGACGCUCCCCCGGACGAAGACUUCUGCCAAGGAAGCUGGCCCCGGCUGCAGCCUGACCCUGCCAAAGGCCCGGGCUCCCAGUACCCUCUGGGACAGCAUCCAGCUGGCCAAACGGCACCACAGCCAGCCUCAGGCAGGCCCUGGGCACUUCAGCCACGUGGUGCGCAUUGAGAUGGGGACCCUCUCAGCCUUCCACCCCCUUAGCCUUCCCAAGGGGGCGGUCAGAGUCGAGCCCUUGGAGGAACCAGAGAAGAUGGAGAUGGAGGAGCAACCCCCUGCGGGGAAGAAGGAGACCCCGGGAGCAGAGCUGGAGGAAGUGAAUUUGGAGAACAAACCACCGCCACCCCCCUUGCACCGCUUUCCAUCCUGGGAGAGCCGGAUCUACGCUGUGGCCACGUCGGGCAUGCGGCUGUCUGAAGUGUCUGUCAGAAGUAAUGCCACCUGCUGCGCUUCAAGCCCUCCUGCCCUUGCAUCACCCGGGCCGUUCUCUGGCCUUGUCUACAAGAACGUCACCGUGCCUGUCUACACCGCCCUGAAGGGGAAAGCCACGCAGAUCAGCUCGGUGCCCUUUGUGGACGAUUCCUCUGGGUCCGAUGAUGACUGCAGCUCCCAGGCAAGCUUCCGAAUUUCACUCCCCUGCUCUGAGUCCAGGAAGACCAGUGGACUGGGCAGUCCCCGGGCCAUCAAGAGAGGCGUCUCCGUGUCCUCGCUGAGCUCCGAGGGUGACUACGCCAUUCCCCCGGAUGCCUGCUCCUUGGACAGUGACUACUCUGAGCCUGAGCACAAACUGCAGCGCACCUCAUCCUAUUCCACGGACGGGCUGGGCCCAGGCGGGGAGUCACUGGAGAAGUCAGGAUACUUGCUGAAAAUGGGGAGCCGGGUGAAGACGUGGAAGAGGCGCUGGUUUGUGCUGAGACAGGGACAGCUCAUGUACUACAAGUCUCCGAGUGAUGUCAUCCGGAAACCUCAAGGCCAAGUGGAACUAAACUCCCGUUGCCAGAUUGUUCGAGGGGAAGGUGCACAGACAUUCCAGCUCAUCUCUGAGAAGAAGACCUACUACCUGACGGCUGACUCGCCCAGCCUGCUGGAGGAGUGGAUCCGUGUCCUGCAGAGCCUGCUGAAGGUCCAGGCCAUUGGGCCUCCAGCCCCGCCUCAGGGGGGCUCCAAGCCCACUGUGAAGGGCUGGCUGACCAAGGUCAAGCAUGGCCACUCCAAGCUGGUCUGGUGUGCUCUUGUUGGGAGAACCUUCUACUACUAUCGAAGCCAUGAAGACAAGCGACCCCUGGGCCGUCUGCCUGUGCGGGACGCACACAUAGAGGAAGUGGAUCGAUCCUGUGACUCAGAUGAGGACUAUGAGGCUGGAGGAACCCGGCGGUUGCUGUCUUCCCACUACACCCUGGUGAUCCACCCCCCGGAGCACAGCCCCACCUACCUCCUCAUUGGCACCAAGCAUGAAAAGGAUACGUGGCUUUACCACCUCACGGUGGCUGCGGGUGGCAGCAGUUCCAAGGUGGGCACUGCCUAUGAGCAGCUCAUUGGAAAGCUGAUGGAUGGUGAGGGAGACCCAGACUCCCCACUCUGGAGGCACCCCAUGCUGUGCUACACCACAGACGGGCUGUACACCUCCCUCACCACCCUGCCGUCCGAGGCCCUGCAGACGGAGGCUGUCAAGCUCUUCAAGUCCUGCCAGCUCUUCAUCAACGUGCCCGUGGAAGCCGCCUCGGUGGACUACCAUGUAUCCCUGGCGCAGACGGCGCUGCAGGUCUGCCUGGCUCACCCCGAGCUACAGAGCGAGAUCUACUGCCAGCUCAUGAAGCAGGCCAGCUGCCGCCCGCCGCAGAAGUCCUCCCUCAUGCAGUGCUGGCAGCUCCUGGCUCUGUGCGCCCCCCUCUUCCUGCCUCAGCACCACUUCCUCUGGUACGUCAAGCAGCAGCUCCAGCGCCAUGCGGAUCCCAGAAAUGAAACCGGCCAGUACGCCACGUACUGCCAGCGGGCGGUGGAGCGGACGCUGCAGACCGGGGAGCGGGAGGCCAGGCCGUCGCGCAUGGAGGUGGUGUCCAUCCUGCUGCGGAACCCCUUCCACCACUCCCUGCCCUUCAGCAUCCCCGUGCACUUCGCCAACGGGACCUACCAGGUGGUGGGUUUUGAUGGCUCCUCCACUGUGGACGAGUUCCUCCAGCGGCUAAACCAGGAGACAGGCAUGAGGAAGGCCUCCCAUUCCGGCUUUGCCCUCUUCACAGACGACCCUGCUGGCAGGGACCUGGAACACUGCCUGCAGGGGAGCGUCAAGAUCUGUGAUGCCAUCUCCAAGUGGGAACAAGCCCUGAAGGAGCUGCACACGGGAAAGUCUGAGGGUGGCACACGUGUUGUGAAGCUGAUGUACAAGAACAGGCUGUAUUUUCGGAGUCAAGUCAAAGGGGAGACAGAGCGAGAGCGUCUGCUGCUCGCCUCCCAAACUAACAGAGAGAUAGUGGCAGGGAGGUUUCCUGUCAACAAGGAGCUGGCUCUGGAAAUGGCUGCCCUGAUGGCUCAGGUGGAGUACGGGGACUUGGAGAGGACCGUCCUGCCGGGACCUGGGGGUACACUCUCUGCCAAGGCUCAGCAUCACCUCCAGCAGGUCCUGGACAGGUUCUACCCAAGGCGCUACAGACAUGGGGUUCCCGCUGAACAGCUGAGGCUCCUGGCAGACCAGCUGACCACGAAGUGGGCGGCACUGCACGGCUGCUCCUCUCCUGAGUGCAUCCGCAUCUACCUGGCAGUGGCCCGGAAAUGGCCCCUCUUUGGUGCUAAGCUCUUUGCUGCUCAGCCUGCACAGCUGUCUUCCAAGGAGAGAGCUCUGGUGUGGAUUGCUGUGAAUGAGGAUGGAGUCAGCAUCUUGGACCACAACACUAUGCAAGUGCACGUCACGUAUCCCUACUCUUCGGUGACGACCUUCGGUGGCUGCCGAGAUGACUUCAUGCUUGUGAUCAGAUCCCUUCCAGACCAGAGCUCUGGGAAAGGCCACGUUGAGAAGUUGAUCUUCCGGAUGGCUGCUCCCAAGAUUGCAGAGAUGACCUUCAUCUUGGCCAGCUACAUGAACCACUGCUCCACAACUGUGAACCCACCCACCACCCCCACUGCUGCCUGCCAGCCAUGGGAACUGCAUGGAUGACAGUCCUUUGCUUCUGUUCCCUGUGCUGCCAAGGGGCCAACGUCGCUGUGAAUAUUUCUCCUGUCCUUUUCCCCACCACCACCUGGUGCCUCUGGGAUCAGAGACGUGCAUCCUCGGGUGUGAUACUACUGUGAUGGCUCUGACGGCCCCCUGCAACCCGCCCCGGUUGUUCUGUCAAAUGUGUACCUCGGUCUCCAUGAAGCCUUUACUCUCCAGGUGCCUUAUCAUGUUCCAGGGCCAACCUUUAGAAAUUCAGACCCAGUAUAAAAACCACUUUUCCCCCACAAAAACACUGAGCUGUGGAUGCUGUUCAGUUCUAGACACAGGGUUGGCCCGCUGUCCCUGACUACUGAGGGCAUCAGUGCUGUCCUUCAGUUUUCCUGCACUGCUGUCCUCAGGGAGACUAGUGUUUUUAAUAAUGUCUGUGGUCCUCACGCAGGGAUUUAUACUUGAAGUUUUUCUGACAUCCCUGAACGGGAGAGGACUAGAAUUUCCAAUUCACUUGAACUUCAGCAAGAGCCUGGAACUCACUCAGGCUAGACUUCCUUUCCCACAUGGGAGAGGUGUUGGCGGGGCUGGAGACAAAGGAGUCGACCCACCUUUCCCCUUCCCCUGCUACACACGAGGCAUCAAUGGCGCCCUUCCAGGGCAGCGGCCCCUGUCCCUGCAGGACAAGGUGCUCUACCCCGAGAGUGGGGCUGUUCUCCUCACACUGGACCGUCAGCCCAACUGAGUACAAGCAAGGGCAGGGAUGGGUCCACCCUGACCUCUCCCUGUCUCGUUUUAACGACUGGACAGGGCUCAGUGAAGGCUGUGCUUACUACUGUAGAAGGUGGGCGUCACUUAUUCCCCUGCUCACUGAAAGACCGAGCAAAUGCAUCCUGCUCUUUGCUACUCUGUGAGGCCACCAAAAAUGACUCAGAAACAGAAGAUCCCCCCUCCAGGCUUGUGAGCCUGGAUUUGCUUAAGACGUCUGGUGAACUUGCACUGGGAAUUAGUUUGAGGGCAGAGCAUACACACGUGUUAUCUGAUGCCUGAGAGCAUCUGGUGAAAGAAAUUCAAAGUUUCUUUCACCUUUUGCCUUUCUGAUGAUACCAAUAUCUCUCCAACCCCCCCAAGUGAGACCUGCUGUUGAGUGCAGAGAUGAUCUUGUCUCCGCCCUCCCCUGACAGGAAAAAAAAAAAAAAA